AUGCCUGCUCGAAUCCCAACCACAAAGCCGACAGACCUUGGCACUGAGAUUGCGCUUAUACAAGAAGCCUUUACGCUCUCGAACCUCAACGGCAAAGGCAGAUAUACGCAACUUUGCGAACAAUGGCUGGAGAAAUUCUUGCCGACGGGAUCAAAAGGGAAAGCAUUUGUUCUGUCGUUCGACACUUAUGUCUCCACCGUGAACUCUUUUGUUCUACGUGGGGCGGUGCCGGUUUUCGUGGGUCUGGACAGUAGAACCAUGAAUAUCGAUGCCCGCUUGAUCGAGGAUGCAAUCACUUGCAAGACACGGGUCAUAAUUCCAGUCCAUUACGGGGGCAUUGCAGCCGAUAUGAAUCUCAUCAUGAGCCUUGCCAGAAGACACGGGUUACUGGUCGUCGAGGAUGCCGCCAUGGCAUGUACCUCACUCUACAAAGGCCGCAUGCUCGGCACUAUAGGCCACAUAGGAUGUAUCAGUUUUCAGGAGAAGAAGAACUUUACCGCAGGAGGCCAGGGUGGUGCACUGCUUGUCAACGACCCUUCUCUCAAUGACCGUGCGAAGAUUGUCUAUGAGCACGGCACGAAUCGCGGUCAGGUCGAUCGAUACCAAUGGUUGGACCUGGGGAUAAACGCCACUUUGUCCGAGUUGCAGGCUGCAUUUCUCUGCGCCCAACUACAAGCCGCAGAUACCAUCAAUGCGUCUAGACUCCACCUUUGGCAGAAGUAUUACUCCGCGCUCAGACCACUAGUCGAGAUGGGAUACUUGAUGUUGCCGACAACGCACCCCCAAUUCAUGCCGUUGCAUUUAUCCCCGAUGGGGCUGGCGACGGGGAGGUUCAAUGGUGAUGAUCAUGGCACCACAAUGGCCGUGGCACAGAUCCUAUUGUUGCAGCUUUUUGUGGGAAGUGGGAAUGUUGGAGGAGGAGCAAAAGCGCGCCAUUGA